AUGAGCGACACAAUGCGCGCAGUAGACAUCAAGGAUGGCAAAGGCCCAAUCGAAAACCUCCACAUCGCCGAUAUCCCCAAGCCAAAACUUGGAAAGUCGCAAGCGCUCGUUAAAAUCAAGGCCUUUGGUCUAAAUCGCAUGGACUUGCUGCAGCGCGAAGGACAGUAUCCAGUACCGCCUGGCGCUUCCAAGAUUCUUGGCGUGGAGUUUUCGGGCACGAUUGCAGAGCUGAGUGCAGAGGGUGGAGGCAAGGAAGGCUUCAAGGAGGGAGACGAGGUUUUCGGUCUGGCAUAUGGAGGAGCUUAUGCCGAGUACAUUGCAGUAUCAACACACAUGCUAGUCAGGAAGCCAAAGGAACUGACUUGGGAGCAAUGCGCUGGUAUUCCUGAAACAUGGAUUACUGCGACUCAAGCCAUGUAUCUCGUCGGUCAAUUUGCCGCCGGCAAGACCAUCCUCUGGCACGCAGCCGCCUCCUCAGUCUCGAUAGCCGGUAUCCAAUUGUCCCUCGCCGACAAGGCGUCCGCCGUCUACGCAACCGCACGUCAAGAUGCCAAAUGCGACUUUGCCGUCAAAGAACUCGGCGCAACUGCCGCCUUUAACACAACAUCUCAGAACUGGGUCGAGGAGAUAAUGAAGGCUACCGACAACAAGGGCGUAGACAUCAUCGUUGAUUUCAUCGGCGCAUCAUACUUCCAAAACAACCUUGAUGCUAUUGCCAAGGACGGUAUCAUCGUCAAUCUAGGCUUCAUGGGUGGAACCAAGGUGCCAGAGGGUACGGAUAUUAGCGCAUUCAUCAGGAAGAGGUGCACCUUUGUCGGAAGCAGUCUGCGAUCAAGAGAUGAAGAGUACCAGGGCAAGCUCAGAGAUCAGCUUGUGGAACAUGCGUUGCCCAGGAUGAAGGACGGACGGUUCAAACUCUUCAUCGAGAAAGUCUUGCCGUGGGAGAAGGUGCAGGAUGCGCACAGGUUGUUGGAAGAGAACAAGACGAAAGGCAAGGUUAUUUGCACAAUCGACUAA